CUUAAGAAUAAGAAAAGCAUUAGGGUUUUGAAAGUAAAAAAAUGAACUCAGCCUACGUUCAGAUCUCAUUUUUUGCUCUUCUUUUGGUCGUUGCAUCAUGUGAUCGUCUAUCGACUACAAAGCAGAAUUUGGAGAUGAGCGGUGUCGAAGGCGACGGAGCAACGAAUUUGAAGGGAGGAGUAAGUACGGCCGCGCAGCCGGUGGUGGUGCUUUGCAAUGCCAAUACAGAUUGCGCCAUCCUAGUUUGCCAAAAGGGCUCGCCGCAAUGUUUCGACCACCACUGCUUUUGCACCUCAUCAUGAAUCAAUCUCCUUUUAUUUAUGAAUGACAGGGCGCUCAUGUAAUUUUCCACCGAUUUUAUGAGAUAUCAAUAAAUAAUAAAACUACCG